AAAAGCAGAAGUCUGAUAGUGUGUGUGGUUCAAUUCUAAAGAUAAAGUCCAUAAAACAUCACAAUCUCAGCAUCUAUUGCCUGGAAACAAAAUCAUUAAGACUGGGAGGGAGCGGCAGUCCUUACCCAACUACUCAAACGACUCUGUCCUCAUAAGCAAAGAUUACUUGAAAAAUUCCCCCUUCAACUGGACUUGUACACUCAAACAUGUACUACGUGGCUUUGUGCUUUGUUGCUUGUUUCCUACCAUUAUUACAUGGAGAAACAAAAAUUAUGAACUAUUCCAGUGUCUCAAAAUCAAAGCUGGCAUUUCGCAAUGCUGAACUAGCUGCAAAAGUGGCUGUACAUUAUCUGAACUAUCAAGAUGGAUCUCCCAAUGCAGUUUACUCACUACAUGAACUGACGAAAUAUUACAUCGAGGUGAUUCCAGAUUUAGGAGUCAAGCACCAUCUGCAAUUUGAAGUGGAUAAUAAAGACAGCUCUACAAAUGUUAUUGGCAACUGUACAGCUAUUGUAAUCUUCAACAAAAAGAACUCAAGACCAUACACAAAUGUAAACUGCGACACAAGUAAACAAUACCAGAAAGACCUGGCGAGGAAAGAUCUUCAGUUUUACCUGAAGAUAAUGAAGCAGGAGAUUCCUGCAUUUGCGACAAAUAUUCCUGGUAAAUUUGGAUUGAUAGAUUCCGAAAUGAUGCCUUUCUGGCACUUGGCUACGAUUGGUGCGAGUUAUAUCAUGUGGGAAAAGUCCACUGAACGCCUAGUCUAUAACAUGGCCCGUUUACAGAAAAUGAACCAACAGAUAAGGAAUGAUAAAUACCUCGAUUUCAUCUUUGUCGUUCUUCUGCACGAGAUACCGACACAGGAAAUAGUCACUUGCUUUGUCGAAGUGAUCUGGUAUCCAAAUCUACCACUGAAUCUGAAUUACCAUUGUGUGCCUGAACAUGAAAAUCUCGUUGAAGGGUCUGGAGUCGAAAAGGUCGAAGGGUCAGCUAUGGAAGAAGGAUCUGCUAUGAUCUGAGCGGCAACAACCCAUAAAACGUCAGUUACUCAGAAUGUAUAUUACAAUUGUAGGAUAUAAAAAUAACUCAACCUCUCAAAAAGAACUUUACUACAAUGAUAUAACUGAAUGCAAACUUCCAGCUAACACUCGCGGCUUCAAAUGUGGUGUGUAAAGGUUGCAGAGUAUCAUCAUAAAAUAAAUAGCCAAAUGGUAUGCAACAGUAGAUUAGUCAGUGAACUACAGCAAUGUCACAUUACUAAAACUACGAAUAUUCUCAACACACAUGCUGUACUAUUAUUGCUAAUUGUUUUAUUGCUAACCAUCAAUAAAGAAAUGCAUUC